AUGUACUUUGAUCAAGUCAGCAAUUCUGACACCAACCAGGUGUAUAAUCUCGGUCUAUGGAAUGCAUGCUCUGGUACCACACAAUCCAUUGAGACUUGUGGCCACCCAACUCAAUCUUAUAACUGGGGAAACACACCAAACGUGGGUACCAUGUUACCCCAGCAAUAUCAACCAGGAGGCAAUCAUCACAGCAUGUUCACAGCCUUGUUUGCACUUUGCAUGGCAGGAGUUUGUUUGAGCUUUUUGCUAUGGAUUCUCAGCUUGCCUAUCAUGCUCUGCUGUGCCCAUCGUCGUCUUUCAAGCUCCUUAAUGUCCACUCUUACUUGGCUCAAUUUCCUUACAACGAUUGGUGCCAUCGUUAUCGGUCUUGUUCUUGCCAUCUCCUUGAAUAGGAGCCUCACUGGUGGAUGGCGUGGUGUUGCAGGAAAUUCGAUUUGGACAUUGCUCGGUGCUAUGGGUGCUCUAUUGAUUGGAUCUCUCCUCUUUAGCGGCUCAUGUUGUCUUCCCAAGCCCAAACGCCGCGUGGGUGACCCCGAAAUGACUAAACCACACUUUGGAUCUAAACCCAUGUCGUAUGGCCAUCCACAACAGCAACCAGGUAUGAUGAAUCAACAACCCAUGGGUAACACUGCUGCUCCUACUGGGCCAUCAACAGGCGUACGCCCAUUGCACAUCCCUCAUUAG